GACUCUUCGUGUCGGACCCCAAACCCAAAGUGUUCCUGAAUCGUCCAACCUUGUCUGGUAUUAUCCUCCCGCACCCGCACCCACACUCUCACUCUCUCUUUCGCCCUACGCCCAUUCCUCUUCUCCUCCACGGUCUUGCCUACCAAACGUUUUUCCUUUGCCUUUCCUUUCCACGCUGCGAACUUCAUCACCUACCCAUCCACGGAAUCCGAGAAAACACCCCUUUAAUAAUACUGCCGCCUUGUACGACGACGACGACGACGACGACGACGCCUCUUCCAUUAUCCGACUUUCUCUAGACAGCGAACGACUCAUUUGGAGCGGCACUCCAUCGAGGCGACAAGAGAGGCACUGCACUGCGAGUUGAGGUUUGGGUUGGAUCUGGGCCUCCGUGGUCAGCGGCCGACGUCCAUGUUGUGAACUUGGUGUCACCAAACUCUCGAACGGCCACAGCUUGUCGUUGAUUCCUGACCAAACCAUCCGACAUCAACAUGGAUCCUUUCCAUGACAAGGCGGGCAACGAUCGGAGGGCUUCCCUCAGGAUGUCGGCAAGCGCCUCGCUCACGGCCAACGAAGAUGAUGACUAUGCCUUGGCAGCAAUGGGCAUAUCUGAUGGUUUUCGCCCAGCCGAUCUGUCUGCUGCUCAUCAGCCCAUCGCCUCGACCACAAUUCCUUCGACUGGCUCGGCGGUUGUGUCGCGAGACUCCCCGGUUCCGCAGCGUGCCACACCCGCCCGACCGUCUAGCAUCGCAAAACCUCCACACUCACACGACCCACUGGCUCUCCGUCACGACGGUUCAGCAUCUCAAUCAAGCGGCGCGCCCAUGUCCCGUAUUUCCAGCACCUCCACCGACUCACCCAUCAUUCGAUCCGAGAGCCCCUACGAAGGUCCGUCCGGUCCGUCCCAUCCGUACCAAAUGUACCCACAACGGACAAAUAGCGUGGCAACGUCAACAACUGCUCGCAUGUCGGAACGCUCCUACGCAGGACCACGUGGGCCAACCCAUCCGUACGCACUUUACACGCAGAACACCGUACCUGUCGAUACAGCUGAGAGCGACAGUAUUCCCGUAGGAUUUGCGGGCCGUUCCGACGGUUACCAUCGACGGAUCGGUCCUGAAGGAGAGGAAAUUGCCGACUUGAUCGGCCCUUUGGGGCAUACAGAAGAACUUCCACCAUACACCAGAUACCCCGAGCAAGCAUACGCAAGGAAACAACCGGGCGCACCCCAAUUGACAUCAGGGCAGCAGUCACAUCAAGACCAGCAGCGACAAGGACAGCCGUCACCGUCGUCACCGCAGCAGCAAUCACAACAACCUGCAGUUGCUGUCAUGACUGCCACAGUUGCCCCUAUUCCUGGCGCUGGUGGUCUUGGACUUGCUACUCGAAACCCAGAGUUUGAAUCCCGAGAGGAUCUCCGCCUCCAACCGUCCCGCAUGUCAUCUCGGACACUUGCCUCCGAUACUGCCAGCCAGCACGAAAUCAACACCGCCGCCGAGGUUUAUGCCGAGAAGGGAGAAGUUCAGUCCGACCGUAAGUGGCAAAAAAGGGCAAAGAAGCGGUUGUUUGGUGUGAUACCUUACUGGGCCAUCUGCCUGUUGGCAGUUGGACUUGUGAUGAUGGGCAUCAUAUUGGGCGCUGUCAUUGGUACCUUCUUCGCCAAACACAAGAAACCACCCGGAAAACAUCAAGACGACGAGCCCAUCCCGCUCGUCAUUCCUACGGCUACCGUGGACAUCAAACCACUGGCUACAUUGCCACCAGACCUUCCUGCGAUGGAAGUCGGCACAUUUGGCUUACCACCUCUAAUUGCAAGCCAGGCGCCAAGCACCUGUUUUAACGACACCACACAGUCGCAAGCUUGGACAUGCAACAUCCCAUUCACAAGCUACGUCAUGGGCGUUUCCAGAAUUGCCAACGAACUGCCUAUAUCCGAUUACACCCUGAAACUUACUACUUUUAACGAUAGCGACCACGACGAGAACUUUCGAUUCAACAUGUUCUCUUGGGGCACUCAGCCACCUUUGAUCAUGGAUCCCUUGAAGAUGCGGCUUGUCAACGAUACUUCGGAACCGGGCCGUGGCGCCGCAUGGUUUGCUCAGAUGACGUAUAACAAGACAGUCAUUGUGGCUGAGGAUAGGUUUCCCGGCGUCAGCACCCCUAAGAAGCAACAGCCACAGUCGAAGAGAGGAUGGGGUGGCCCAUCAUCUCAAAUGGGAGAAUUUAGCAGAAAAGGUGUGAAGGGAGCACAGGCUGGUGACAGACCUUGGAUUUGCACAUGGCCUGGGACCCUUCUCGAAGUGUUUGUGUACCCGGCGCAGAACAACAGCUAUCGGAAACCUACCUCGACCAUGCGGCCCACUGCGGCUGCAACCUUUCCGCCAUCGACCUCGACGCAGUUCUUGGUUCGUCAUGGCCUGCAGACCGAGGCCCCUCGGCCAAGUUCCAUGCCCAGUGAUCGGCCACAUCGCGCACCACCACCGCCAUACCCCCAAGUCAUCAAGUUCGAAGAGCGACGUGUAUCUCUUGAUCAAACAAAGAACGCCGUCUGUCAACAAGUCGAAGUUUGCGACGACGGCGAGAACACUGUUCCUGUCUUGACUGACGAGGGCCAGCCGGUUGAGGUUUUCAUCAUGGAAAACCGGCAAACUGUGGCGAUAGCUGACUCGACAAAGCGUUGGAUACACGAAGACAGUUUACUGGUGUCUCCCCGAGACCGACCAGCGAGGACGAGUCAGUUGAGCGAUUGCGGGUGCAUAUGGUGGUUCACAUGAGCCCCAAAAACUCUCGAGGUUUCGCAACUACAAUUUGGAUUCCUUACUGUACAGCUUAAUGUUCUACAUCCACCAUCCUAUCAGCCAAUGGCUAUCUUGUUCAAAAACUCCUUUAUAGGCGCUGUCUCGAUUUGGACCAGCAUCACGGGCGUUUUCUUUUUCUUUCCUCUUCUGUCUUUUUUUUUGGCGCAGUCGGACAGGCAAUUUUAUAUAUCCGGCGAAUAACUAAGGGUGGGCGGACACUCCGCCUCUCCCCUCUGAGAGGUUACGUUUGUAUGACCAGCCAAACUUUAUUGGGAAAUAUCCUUUGAUUUGGUGUUGCUUCUCUGGAUUUGCCUUGUGCGUCAACUCAUGACGAGAUCAAACUUCAGAAACCGGCAAGAGAAAGCAAGCGGUGGUAGAUAAAAAACAACCCUCGCUGUAAACAGCUUCCUUUAAAAUCAAUCGGUGACAU